CUUAAUAGAACAUUUCAUUUCUAUCAAACAAACCUAACCUAAACAGUAAAGAGAAAGAAGAAAGAUCUAUAUUCUCAGAAAGCUACUUUCACUGUAUAUGAUAUUAUAUACAGUAUUUAUAUUUAUUCCUGUAGCUAGGGUUUUAAUUCUCCUCCUUUCCCCAUUUGUCUAUAUAUUUCUUGCUCUCAUUUCAGAUCUAGCUACUUCUGCAAGUAGUAAAUCAGAUCUUUUUGUCUGCUUGAUUGAGUUUCCCUUUUUAGACUGUCAAGUAGUCAACUUUCAUAUCUUCUAGUCCUAUUCUAUAAUUGGAAAUGUACUUGUCUAUUUGAUAUAUAUCUUUGUUUGGUAAUUAGUUUGUCUGCUAAUUAAUCAAGAUUCAAGGUAGAUAUCUUGUUUAAUUUGUAGUUUCUCUUUUUUGGGGGGUUUUCUUGAAAUUGAGCUUAUUUUAUAAAAUAUUAUGAGAAUGGUGAGGGGAAAAACACAGAUGAAGAGAAUUGAGAACACAACUAGCAGGCAAGUGACAUUUUCAAAGCGCAGAAGUGGACUCCUGAAGAAGGCCUAUGAGUUAUCGGUUCUUUGUGAUGCACAAGUGGCUGUUAUUGUCUUCUCUUCCACCGGAAAGCUUUAUGAGUUCUCAAGCUCAUCAAGUAUUAUUGGUACUAUAGAGCGAUAUCAGAAGAUUGGCAAUGACCAGGAAACCGGAAAAUGUUUAGCAGUUGAUGAAACCAAGCAGCAUGAUAUGGAGGGAGUGGUUGCAACCAUGUCGGAAAAGAUUAAGCAGCUUGAAGAAUGUCAAGAAAAGCUUUUGGGAGUUGGUUUGGAGUCUUACACUGUUGAUGAGCUACAAGAAUUAGAAAAAGACUUAGACCUAAGUUUAAAGAACAUUAGGGCAAGAAAGCACGAGUUACUCAAGCAGCAGAUUGACCAUCUAAAGAAAGAGGAGCGAAGAUUGGCCCAACAAAACGCAGAACUAAAGAAGUCAGGAUCGCAAGAUUCAUCCUGGGAAAAUAAGUUCGAAAAAAAUUCAAAAGGAGAAGCUGAGGACGUUGAGAUCGGGCUGUUCUUGGGACCGACGCCGGAAAGACGAAGAAGCCAUUAGGCAGGAAGCGUUGCUGACAUUCUGUUCUACACAGUAUUACCUGUACUAAUAAGUUGCCCAAUUUAAGUUGAGUUCAGUUAUGUGAAAUGGAAAGCAGAGUGUAUUAAGUUAGCAUGGGGAGUGAGUGAAGGGCCUUGGCCCAAACAUGUCCAUCAAAUUUGUAUCAUGGAUUGUACAUAUACCUUGAUUUUGUUUGACCCGUAUCUUAUGGGUUAUAAGCCCAGUAAGGGUUUUGCUGUAUUGAAGGUUUGGCUUCGUAAAAACAAACAGUGUAUUAUAUGUUCUUUUUCUUUUUCUUAAA